AAUUAAGGGAGACAGCAUCCUGGCUCCUACUAGGGCUUCAGACACGGGGUCCUUAGGAUCAUCUGUUCACAGGGACUUUCCUGGAGACGGAAUCCUGUCCCAACAGCGUCUUGGGGAAAGGCUCAUUGGUUGGAAGCAUGACUCUGGGUGGAGGUUAAAGCUGGGAUUGGAAAUUUAAUGACCCAGUGGCAGGGGAGUGUGGAUGACCCAGAAUAAGCCCCCAGGGACAAGACGCUGCCAUGGCAUUUGGACAGACACAGAAGCCUUUCCACCCUUCAGGUCUUAUGGUUUUCACACAACCCAGAGACUGAGACAGAAAACAGGAAGAGGCUGGAGUGACUGUGCCAUCUUCCAGAGAGGGUAAGCAACCUGCCCAAGGUCACCCAGCUGGAAAAUAACAGGAUGAAGGAAGCUAUGCUACAGCUGACCUCACCCCUGGCCACGGCUGGCAGAUCACGAUGUCACUGGAUGCUACAUGGUGCCCAUCACAGUUAAAAGCCGGAAGGAUCUUGGAAACGGACUCCCUUUGCCCUUGGUUGAGAGAUGGGAACUUGAAGCCCAGAGGGGUCACAGAGCUCUGCACGGGGAUCCCACUGCCGGCUCAGUGCCCUUCCCCCUGCUGCCUCUGGGCCAGGUGCUCAGUGUGCUCGUCUUUCCUGUGGAGUCGUGGGGUUUGGGAUAGGGCGUGAUGCUGCAGUCUGCCUGCAUGAGGGCCAACCCCACCUGUGUCACUUAAAGCCCCCAGACGGAACCUCUCUGUGGCCCAGCCUCCUCCACUGUAAAAGGGUCAAAAUAGGGGAAAGCAUAUGUCUUGGAGGAUGAAAUGAGUCAGGACAAGUCAAGGACUUAGGAAGGUGCCUGGCACGUGGUGAGUGGACUGUGACAUCAGCGAUUACUUCAUUACUACUGUGCAAAUACUCCAGCAUAGGGAGUAUUUAUUUACCUCCAGACAAAUCAGUGAGGGCUGGGGGCGGGAAUCGUUGCCACCUCCGCAAAAUUGGGAAGGAGCGUGGGGGAGGCUGGCACAAGUGCGCCCGGCACACAAGCCCCUCCGCGCGAAUGGGCGCCAGAGGGUGGCCCGAGCGAUGCGCACCCAGCCCAGCCGCGCGCGGGGAACCAGCGCCUCGCCCGGCACGCACAGUACAGUCGAGGGCGCUGCGGCCGCGCGGUGGCCACCGGGCGGGGAGCAAGGACGGGGCGGGGCCUUUGCGCCCGGGCCGCUGCCUCGGGCUGGACAGAGAGGAGGCCGGCUUCUAGGCUCUACCACGCCUUCCAGGGGCCCUAGGGAGUCUUUGUCACUAGCUCUGAGCCUUAGGAUGCCCCUUUCUCAGCCAGGGGACUGUCUCUAAGGUUAGAAGAGGGAGCGUUUUGAGUUUGCACUGAAAGGGACUCGUUCAGUUUGUGAGUCUUGUGUUUUCAUCCUGACCUGGCGCCUGAAUCUGCCAUUAGAGCAUUUCCGCUGCUCCCAGCAGCUUCCAUGUCAGAGGAGAGAGGCCUGAGGCUCAAGGCUGUCCUGCUCCACCUCACCCACUGGUCAGGGGGCUACAGAGCUCGGCCCCAGUGCUCUGUCGAGGCCUCUGAGUUGCCUGUGCCGGGUGGGAGGCCUCUGAGUUGCCUGUGCAGGGAGGCUGGGACACGAUGUGCUGGACGUCACAGAAGCCGCUGCCCACGAUCAGGCACCAAAGACCCCCUCCGCGCGCCAGAGGGCCGUAUCUCGCGACGUGCAGGCGCCCAGCUGUGCUGGGGGAAUCCUGCGCCCGGCCCGGUGCGCACAGCCCGGCAGAGGGCGCAGAAGCCAGGCGGUCGCCGCCGGGCUGGGAGCAAGAACUGGGCGGGGCCUUUGCGCCCGGGCCGCUGCCUCGGGCUACGAAGUGUGCAGACGGGCUCCUAGGCUCUGCGACGUAUUUCCAGAAGUCCAAGUUAGUCAUUCACACUAACUCUGGUCCUCAGGAUGCCCCUUUCUCAGCCAGGGGACAGUGUCCCUGGGGUUACCGGAGGGAAUGAUUUGAGUUUGAGCCGAAGUGCACUCCUUUUGUGUGUCUUGUGCUUUCCCCCUGACCUGCCGCCUGAAUCGGCCUUUAGAGCGUUUCCCCUCCUCCCAGCAGCUUCCAUGUCAGAGGAGAGAGGCCUGAGGCGCAAGGCUGUCCUGCUCCACCUCACCCAGGUGCUCAGGGGGAUUCAGGUCCCCGCCCCACUGCUCUGUCGAGGCCUCUGAGUUGCCAGUGCUGGUUGGAGGCAGGGGACAUGGCCUCUGCUGGGCUCAGCCAUGAGGCCCUGUGGGGCCAACACGGGAGAGCAUCUGGCCAUCCUGGCCUAUGGGGAGAGGCCAUGGGUGAGACUUCCAUCUGCCCUGAGUGGGACAGGAGCUCCCCCGUCUGGCCCGUGCCCUGAGCAGGAAGCAUGUGUGGACCCCUGUCUGUGUCUACUGCAUCAGCCUCCUGGCUCCCUGCCUGGCUUUCCUUCCUGGCAGGUGGCUCCUGCACCUGCGCCAGCUCCUGCAAAUGCAAAGAGUGCAGAUGCACUUCCUGCAAGAAGAGCUGCUGCCCCUGCUGCCCCGUGGGCUGUGCCAGGUGUGCCCAGGGCUGCAUCUGCAAAGGGGCAUCGGACAAGUGCAGCUGCUGUGCCUGAUGUCAGGGACAGGCUGCUCCCGAUGGAAACAGAGCAACACAUACACACCCUCAUACUAUGCGUUUGACUGGGUUUUAAAAGAUUUUUUGAUACACCCCUGUUUGUUUUGCAACAUUCCUGUGUCUAUAAAAUAUGUGAAUUCUUGUAAAAGCUGUUGACACUGCUCUGGCU